AUGAACUCGCUCAAGUCAAUCGCUAAAGGUGGAUGGCAUCCGGACAAAUCAUCCAGCUCCUCGAGCGCGAGCUCGAGCCAUAGAUCUGGCGAUAAUGAGCGCUUCAAGAACUUCAAGGGCCUGCAACAAGUGGCAAAUUGGACAGGCCACGGCACGAAGGGCGGAUCUCAAGAUCCUUCCACAGUCACCUCUCGACCGCUCACCUCGUUAAAAGACCCUUAUUCCUUUGGCGCGCCACCUAAACGGGACCCAAAGGCUCCACUUCCACCCCCGAUCCAAGGACCUGUCCUUAGCUGUGAAUCUAAGCUAGCUGCCCCCGAGCCGCCGACUAAGGAAGGGGAGGCACACCAAUCUCGAAGCUUUAAAGUAGACAAAACUGGCCUCAGCACUUCGGGGCUCCCAGAACCUCCUAAGAGGGCGUUUGGGACCACGUCGGGGCUUCCUCUCCCGCCCCUCAGUCGACCUACGCCUCCACUUCCGAAUCGAAGCCAACCGCCCCCUCUCCCAGGCCGCCAACCGAGUAAUCCUGUCGGUACCCAAGAUAAUCCGUCUAGCUUACCUUCUACUGUAACCGGACUGGGCGUUGCCUCUUCCGCUCUUUCAGCAUCCGGGCGGCUUGGUCGGGCGGGAGUAUCAGUGCCUGGCCUGGGAAUAGGCGUUGAAUCGCCCUCCCUGCCUUCGCGAAGCGUACCCACGCCACCUUCCCGUGGAGCCUCUCGGGUUCCCACCACUUCUAUCAGCGAGCCUUCUGGUUGGUUUGCCGGGCCAAAGUCUUCUUCGGCAUCCUCCUCAGUUGAUUCUCCGGCGGAGGCACCUGCUGGCGGAACGACUUGGGCCCAGAAACAAGCUGCCUUAACAACCAUAUCACAAGCUCGGAAAGAUCCAACAAGUAUAUCUUUUUCGGAUGCGACAGCAGCGGCGAAAACAGCAGGCAACUUCCACCAAAGACAUGGGGAUCAAGUCGCUAAAGGAUACAGACAGUUGGAAACAGCAGGACUUGUAGAUAACUCCGCCCGCGACAAAUUAGCUGAGCAUGGAACCCUCAAAGAUGGACCACAAUCUAAAUGGGGAGACUCGGCCUCUCGUAUUUCGAAAGCCAGUUCGAAAGCCAGUUCGAAAUAUAGCCUAGACGUAUCUAGUGCCACCCAAGGAGGCACCAAUUCUCUGGAAUUGGUCUCAGCCGCCGGGAAGAAAAAACCGCCGCCGCCUCCAAAGCCUAAGGCUCUAGGAAACCCUAAUUCACCGCCUCCACCCAUCCCGUUGAGUACAAAGCCAAAAUAG